UUAAAUUAUAGAGGAUCGAAUGUGUUCUUUAUAAUAUUUUAUAAAAUAUUCCAGAAAUUUAUUAUAUUCUUUCUUUUCUCAAUAAUGUAUAAUUUAUUUUAUUAAAUUGUAAAAAAAAAUGGAAUAUACUUUAAAAGAUACCCAUGAAGAUUUAACAGAUUUGCAAGUACAAAUGCGAAAAGAAAUUGAAGAUAUAGCGAAUGUGUUAACUAAUAAUAAAAUUACUGUUUUGAAAGAAUCAUGCACGUCAGAAGAAGUGAAAAUGAAACAACAUAAGAUGGCUUAUAAUAUAUUGAAACACAUUCCAAAAAUACCACCAAAAGAGUAUCCCAUUCCUAAAACAAUUGAUAUUCGUAUAGAUACAUUAAAUGAUUUAGAAAAAGAAAUUUUGAAUGCUCAAAGUCUUUUAGAAAAAACGCAACAACAACUCCAGAGUAUUGAAAAGGAUAUUGUUUAUUUAGAAAAUAAAAAGAACGGUUUUAAUAAGAUGCGUGAAAUGUAUUUAGUUUCUGAACAAACAUUAGAAAGUAAAACAUAUGAUGAUGAACUUAGCAUGACUAAAAGAUUAUUUCGAGAAACAAAGGAAGAUUUGCAUAACGUAGUAGAGAUGCUCUUUCCAGAAAAUGAAAAAUUUUCAAAUUUUCUAUCAGCAUUGGUAUCUGCAUAUACAAAAGGUGGUGAUGACAUUUAUGUGGAUGUAAUCCCAGAAACAUUAGAUGCUGUAAAAUUUUUAGUGGAAGCAGAUAUUGCUACAUAUCAUCCUAAUGAUAAAAAUAAAAUUAAAAUGGUAGAAUUACUAUGAAACAAUUAAUUCAUUUAUGUAUUACUUUUUAUACAAUAUGACAUAACAUUUUAAUCUGAACUAUUCUUUUUUACAAUUAAUAUUAC